AUGCACACCAGCGAAUACGACUACCUCUUCAAGCUCCUCCUCAUCGGUGACUCUGGUGUCGGCAAGUCUUGUCUGUUGCUGCGUUUCGCCGACGACACCUACACCGAGAGCUACAUCAGUACCAUUGGCGUUGACUUCAAGAUUCGCACAAUCGAACUCGAGGGGAAGACCGUCAAGCUCCAGAUUUGGGAUACCGCAGGGCAAGAGCGCUUCCGCACCAUCACCUCCUCCUACUACCGCGGUGCACACGGAAUCAUCGUUGUUUACGACGUCACGGAUAAUGACACCUUCACGAAUGUCAAGCAAUGGCUGCAAGAGAUUGACCGUUACGCAUCGGAGGGAGUGAACAAGCUGCUUGUCGGGAACAAGUCAGAUCUUACGAGCAAGAAGGUUGUCGAGUAUAGCGUUGCGAAGGAAUUCGCCGACCAAUUGACCAUUCCCUUUUUGGAGACCUCGGCGAAGAACGCUACUAACGUCGAGCAGGCGUUCUUGACCAUGGCGAAGCAGAUCAAGGACAGGAUGGGAUCCACCUCAACACCCUCGGGGACGGGCAAGUCUUCCACCAUCACGCCCGGCCAGACCGUGCAGCAGCAACAAGCAAGCGGAUGCUGUUAA